AAUUUUUAUAAUUAAGAAAUAAUUUUCUGAAUUAAAACACUCUCUACCCUUCUCAUUUCUCAUUGAAUUUAUAGGCAAAUACAAUGCAUGAUAUUCAUACAAUAAUGGUUGGACUACUUCCAACGCAAUAGGCAACUUCCUACUUCCUAGGUAGACAACCUCCUAUAAACACAUAUUAGGCUCUAACAUUUUCCAACAAGACUCCAUAAUAAUUUUGACCAAAUUUAGUGACAAAUAAAAGUCACUUGGACACAUGAAGAAAAUGACGUGUCACCCACAUGGCUGCCACAUAAUCUGUCUCUAUGCUCCUGCAUCAGAAGGGCAACUUAAUCACAUGUCCGCACAGUGCCUGCUUGACCCUUUGAUAUCACUUGCCAAUGGUCUACCACCGUAAUUAGCACUUAUUGAUUAAGGGCUAGGGCCAGAAGGAAUAUAAUUGAGGAAAAGAGAAUUGAUCUGUGACAAUUCUUCAAAAGCUUCUUUUAAGAGGGAGGUUGAGGUUGCUCUUGAUAAUUAGCCUAAUUUGUUUAGUUGAUAAUCCUUGAUAUCUGCUUAAACAAGUGCCUAGUGUGUCCUUGAUAUCUGCAGUAGUUUCUGUGAAGUAGCUCUAAUGAACAUGGAAUAGACAGACAUUGGAAUGCACCAAACACGGUUGAUGUGAGAUGCCUGUGUGUGCCAUCCUUUCUGGGUUGAGCUUGGUUGCACUUGCAUGCAUAUGUUUGUAGGCCAUUCAUGAUCAAACUUAUGCCUUAUGUGGACCAUAUGGAAACAGGUUUAAUCACAUAUUCAUUGAUGUGGAGUCAUAUGGCAAUCUUUGUAUCAGCGGGUUGCAGGUGUAUUCCAUUUAGGUAUAGAGAUUCAGAUGUGAGUGGCAAUUCGAAUUCUGAGAAGAUUGUUGAGGUGCUUAUGAUUAACUCAACUAGUGGGCCAGGUCUCCUGUUUCCAAAGGGUGGUUGGGAGAAUGAUGAAACUGUUCAGGAGGCAGCAGUAAGGGAAGCUAUUGAAGAGGCUGGAGUUCGAGGGGAACUAAUGGAUUUCUUGGGUUAUUAUCCCUUUAAGAGUAAAACCCACCAAGAUGAGUUCUGCCCAGAAGGUUCAUGUAAAGCUGCAAUGUUUGCUUUGUUAGUCAAGGAGGAGCUUGAGUCAUGGCCAGAGCAGAGCACCCGAAACCGAACUUGGUUGACUGUACCACAGGCACUGGAUAGGUGCCGGCAUCCAUGGAUGAGGGAUGCCCUAGAGAAUGGCUUCUCUAAGUGGCACGCAGGCAAGGACAUCUCUGAACACCAUUGACUUGCUGGGUGCACAUGAAGUAAAUGCAAAAGUUAAGGAUUACACUGUUAUUGUUUUCUCAAGUUUAUUUUUCUAUUCUUAUGAGUGCCUCUCUGAUAUUUUAAUUCAGAGAGUACUCAUGUGACUUUAGCUCAAGUUUUAAGUCCCCUCCAAGAUGUUCACUAAUGUAUAACUUGAAAAGUUUAGCCAUUAAUGUGCCUCAUUUCCUACU